CUCCUCCCUUCCCAACCUGAAGGCUAAAAUUCUUUCGCUCACAAAUUUAUUUUUACGUCACAUUUUUGUUAGUUGCAACUGAUAUUCCGUUUUUAUCCGAUAGUUACUUGAAGUUGUCUAUCGAUACCAAAAGGCCUGCGAAUAGCCAACAUUCGGGACAUGGCAGUGAGGGAAUAUGGGCAGUGAUAUGAAGCGGAGGAUGUCGGUCGUCUCUACAGCAAGAACAACCGUAGUCAUCGUGGCUAUUUUGUUCACGUUUUGGUUGAUUCUGCUGAUAAAUCAUCUUCCCACAUCCAGCGAGUUAUCCGCCAGCGAUCCCGGCCGCAACAAUAAUUUUUCAACACUCUGUCCAAUCGUUUCACCACUCUCAGUCGGCUGGAUGGAUUUGUCUUUCAUUAUUCCGGAACUGCUGGAAGACUCUCAACAGGACGCCUUCCAUAACAAGAUGAAGAGUGCUGGAUUGAUUGAAGGCGGAUCAUACAGACCGAAGGACUGCCAAUCUCGGAACAAAGUGGCUAUUAUCCUGCCCUUCCGGAAUCGCAGUCAACAUUUGACAGUUUUCCUGCACUACAUGCAUCCGUUCCUUCAGCGACAGCAACUGGACUACACCAUUUUCGUCGUCGAGCAGACUGAUGGAUUACCUUUUAACCGCGGCAUGCUGUUAAAUGUCGGUUUCGUUGAGGCCCAGCGUUCUGACACGUUCCAAUGUUUCAUCUUUCACGAUGUGGAUAUCUUGCCGGAAGAUGACCGCAAUAUUUAUUCGUGUCCGGAAGUCGGCAGACCACGUCACAUGUCUUUCGUUAUCGACAUUCACGAAUACAAACCGGUGUCGUUAAUGUUCCUUUUCGGGGGUGGAGUCAUUGCUAUUUCGGCGGUCGAUUUCGUCCGUGCCAACGGUUACUCGAACGCCUUUUGGGGACUGGGAUUGGAAGAUGACGACUUUUAUCGACGUAUCCGGCGACUCAACAUGAGCGUCGCCCGGCCGAAUAUUCCGGUCGAGCAUUUGCGAUACAGAACACUCUAUCACGAUCCAUCGGUUGAUGUCAAUCCAAAUCGACAGAAGCUUUUUGAUGAUGGUUACCUUCGUUUCGAAUCAGAUGGCCUUAUUAAUCUGAAAUACCGUCCCAAAGACACACAAUUGAAACCUCUGUACACUCACGUUGUCGUGAAUCUAACGGAAGAUGAUCUGGACUAAAUUAUUUCUCGUCCUUUGAAUUAAAAUCACACAAGAAUUUUGUUAAUAAGAGAAUGAGCGAAAAUGUCUGGGGGAAGUGUUCAACAUUGCGUCUGAAGUAAUAUUUUUCGAAAUUCUGGACCUACACUCAACGGCAAAGUGUAAAAUAACUUCGUUGCAUAAAAUUGAAUUAUGUAAUCAUUUCGAAUUUCUUUUAUGAGAUUGAGUUAAACUAAUGUUUUAUUUUAUGGACUAAGAUGGCAGCACCGCAUCCCAGUUCACGUCAGGCCACAUUUGUCCAAACCGGCAACAACGCUUUCCAUUUACGUAAAGUUCGUCUGCAGAUUCAAAGUCUGAAAGUGAAAAGUGAAACUGAAAGUUACGACUUGGGAGGCAACAGAUAGUAAUAGCGUGAAACUGAAAUUUUAAAGUCAAAAUUCACGAACCAUGUAUGGUUGAAGCGUUUGUAGCUUUGUUGGAUUCAAAAUAAUAGAUAGUUUCAUCAAAUGAAUUAUUUAAACGCAGUGAAUUUCCGAAACUACUCUUGUUUUUCUUUUUUCUAAUCAACGAGUUCCCUUCUUACACGUGGUUGAAAGUGAAAAGCCCAGAAAUACAGCAAUGACGUACGCCAAAAUCACAGAUUACAUCGAUAAAAGAAUUGAGUGCAUUUAAUGGUAGCAUUUACCUCUUUUCCAUCACUGAGGCAGAUUUUAUUUUAUGGUUAGAUUUAUUAGAUGUUAAAAUGGUUUAUCAUGAAACAUGGAAGAACUAUCAGAACAACUCAGCGGGAUUCAUGAAUGGAAGCUGAUGGAAAUGUAAUAGUCACAGUGCUCACAAGCGUUGUUAAAAUUUAUCUGGUCUGGCAAUGGGAAUUUCGUGUUUCAGCCUCAUGUAGUUGGAUGGUACAAUAUGUUGGCGUUAAACCGGAUACCCUCAUCAGAACAAGUCGCUAGGCCUAAAUUGUGGUUUGCAUUAGAUUUCAAUCUCUGCAUGUGAAAUGAUUUUGUGAUACAAGGAAAUUUAAUUCUGUGAAUAUUUCUAGAGCUCAUCACCAUUGUUUACCUCAAAUAAAACAGCAAGUUCAGGCUCUUUUUUCUUCAUCUUUACAGGAACUCAGGAACUGCUUACAGAAUCCAGCAGUGAAGCCUGAAGAACAAGUGAACUGCAUUCAGAGUGUCUGCCACACCCCAACCUAAACGACUGCCGAAGCCUAAAUAUAUCACUUUUGAAGACAAAUUAUGGCCACUGGAAAUAUACGACGUUGGUGCCUGUGACUGUUGGGAUCGUCAGCAAGCAGCCAAGGGUUCGCCGGACAGAAAAGUGGAGUUUGAUGACUUCAAAUCUUUUGACUCGGCUUACCCAAGCCAACACACUUCUGUAACACGAGCCACAUUGUACUGGGUAAGGCUAUCUUUUCAUUGUGUGCAUGUUUUCAUUAAAAAAAAAAAAAAACUUAAAUUUUCUGUAUUGAUGAAUGAAAUUUCUCUUCUCAGCUCGUUGUUGGAUCUACAAACAAAUAACUGAUCAGUUAUUGAAAUAUAGUGUUUUUAAGGUGGAAAUGGAUGGAAAAUUUAUUAAUCUUUAUCUGUUUUAGCACGAUAAAAUGCUGCAUAUCACCAUAGCGAUGGCACAGGUAUGCUUCAACUCUUCGAUGGCCGAAGUUUAAAUUCAAUUCUCUGGUUGUGGGAACAGUGAGUGUUGGUGAACUAACCUAAUUUGGAUAAAAAUAAGCUUUUGGGUCGGAUCUAUAGAGGAACGUGUUAAUGAGACUAAUGAUAAUUUAACUUUUAUUUUACAAUUGUUACAGCGAAACUUUAAAAUAUCUGACAGGAUAAAUUUGUCGUUAUACAGUACUCUCAUCCACGGAUUCGUGAAAAUGUGUUUGCAGUUGUAGCAAUGUUGCAUUAUAAUCAAAUCGUGUACCUAGGAACUAAGAUUGCAGAUUGUAGAUACCCCUUGUGCUUUGAUUUU